AUGGGCAAGGCGAGCCGGUGGCUCAGGAACCUGUUCCUGACCGGCUGGAAAGGGAGGACGGCCAAGGACAGGGGAGCUGCUGACGUCGACUGCCAGUCGGUGCUGUCGGCGCCGCUGCCCUCGCACUCGCUGGCGGCGACAGCGACAGCGACACCGUCCGGGAGGGAGAAGAGGCGGUGGAGCUUCCGGUGCCCGGGCGCGUCCGGCGGCGCACAGGGACAGGGCCCGCUCGCGUCCUCGUCGUCGCACUGCUUCUCCGAGGCCGAGGUGCAUGUCGUCGUCGUGGCGCAGGAGCAGGACCAGCAGCAGGUCGCUGCCGCCGCCGCCGCCGUCGUCCCUGGGACUGCGUUGUCGUCGUCCACCGCGGGCACGAGGAGGAGGAGCGCCGGCGGUGGCGAUCGUGACGCGGCCGCGGUCAGGAUCCAGGCCGCCUUCCGAUCGUACCUGGCGAGGAAGGCGCUGUGCGCGCUGCGAGGGAUGGUGAGGCUGCAGGCCAUGGUGAGGGGCCAGCUGGUGCGGCGCCAGGCCAACCUGACGCUCCGGCGCAUGCAGGCGCUCGUCCACGCCCAGCGCCGCGCGCGCGCCGAGCGGCUGCGGCUCCUCGACCUCGAGGACGGCGCCUCCUCCAGGCAGCAGGCCGCCACCACCGCCACCACCGCCACGCCGCGGCCGCCGCCGAGCCGGCGCUCCCCGCAGCACCCGCGGUCACGGAAGCCACCGGUGAGCCGAGCACUGUCCCUCUUCAAAUCAUGGGAGGAAUUGACCGUGGCACGCACGAGGAAGUUUAACAGAUGCGCCAUGCGGUUGGCUGCGCUGUCGGCUGUCGCUGUGCUGCUGCUGCAGGAGGCGGCGGAGAGGGGUUCGGAGGAGAACGACGUCAGGAUCGUGGAGGUGGACGACGGCGCGCCGAGGACGUCCGCGCGGCGGAACAGCUGCUGCCACUACUCGACGCCGACGACGACGACGCCGAGCCGCACGCCGGCGAAGGCCGAGCCGCUGUGCCAGAAGGUCUCGCCGACGCCGUCGUCGGCGCGGACGCUCAGCGGGCGGUUCGACGUCGACGACGCGUCCUUCGUCUCCGCGUCCGAGCCGGCACCGGUGCCGAGCCGGCGCAGGGCGGCGUGGCGCGCGGACCCGCCGCCGUUCUUCCCGAGCUACAUGGCCAACACGGAGUCGUCGCGCGCCAAGGCGCGGUCGCAGAGCGCGCCGAGGCAGCGCCUCUCGUCGGCGUCCGAGACGGCGGUCCCCGCGGCCUCGCCGUCGCCGUCGUGCUGGGACUGGGAGCACCCGCCGACGCCGAGCCUGGGCGGGGGCGGGGGAGGGGGCAGCGCGCGGCGAAGGGCGUCGCUGGACCUGCCCGGCGGCGGCGCGCCGUCCCGGCACGUGCAGCGGUGCGCGUCGCGGGCGCGCGCGAGCACGAUGUCGUCGGUCCCCGGCAGCGAGUGCGGGUCCUCGAGCACCGUCGGGCACCGUGGCAGCGCUCGCACGGGCCAUGGCAUGGGUGGUGACUACUGACUCUUGUCCCUUUGGUCAGUGCGCUCUUGGCGAGUGAGGAGGUGUGUUUGGCAGUAGAAGAAGCUGACGAAUGCGAGGAAUGGUAACCUUGGAACCUUGGAUCAUGGUGUGUUUUGGAGUGCCGGUACUGCAGUGUGGAUGUAAGCGAUGAUUUUUGUGCUUUUGUGUUUCUUACAGCGAUUAUUUGGGGUUGGAAUGAUUGAGUGAGAGUGAUGCUGUUUUGUUUUUAGUUCAGACUUGAUAUACUUGCAAAGUGUAGAAUGCUACAAUCAAUUAUUUAGCAAAGGAUUGCCAUGGCCCAUGCAUGGAGCUUACAACAGACAGAUGAAUGAAUCUUUCUGCAUCGUCUUAUCCA